AUGCCUCGUCUAUCACCUUUCCGUCCCCUCUUACGGGCAGCAACCCGCACCACCACCACACAUAUCGCCACACCUACACUUACCGCUAUCCCAACACCCAUCGCAUCAACCUCUUCCCCCACCACACCACUUGUUCGCACAUCUACACCAAAACUCGUACCUUGCCCAUUACUCCGUCGACCACAAUUCACAUCACCUCUCUUCGGAGGCACAAGCACAAGCUCAGUCCUCUCCCCACUCGCAUCGAACAAAAAUGUAGGAACAGUCGGGGAGCAAGUAAGAACAGUAACCUACGGAUCCGAAUAUCAACCAUCUCAACGAAUCCGGAAACGUAGACAUGGAUUCUUGGCCCGAAUCAAAACCAAAAACGGUAAAAAAACCAUCACCAGGAGACGCUUCCGAGGGAAAGCUAAACUCAGUCACUGA